AUGCUGCUAGCCACGUUGCUUCUGCUGGCUCCCUGCAGGCAGGCAGGGGUUGCCCUCAGCGCUGUGCAGGCGAAGGCCCGGCAGCUGAAGAAGCAGCAGGAGGCGCAGCCCGAGGGAGGGGAAGGCGAGCCGUCCGGAGGAGCCGGCCCAGGGGGCGCGGGGCUGAGCCCCGGGGGUGAACCCGGGGAAGGAAAAAGAAAGAGGAAGAGGGAGAGCGAAGAGCAGUCCCGUGCGCGAGGACAGAAGAAGCUAAAGAAGAGACAACAGCCUCCUAGCUCUUCUGAAGAAAGGGCCGAUACUGAGGAGGCGGCAGGUGGCAGCACUCCAUCGAAGAAGGAGGAGAAAGAAAAUCGAAGAAAAUCGAAAGUGCCUCAAGAGAGGACUGAAGCAGAUUCUGAAGAAGACAUCAAACAACAGGAAAACAGAAGCAACCUUAAAAAAAAGUCUUCUAAAACGAAGAAGAGAGAUGAGGAAACAGAGCGAGCUGAAACAAAGAAGAAAGAGAACAGUGAAAGAGCUGAAGGAAAUCAAAGCACAAAGGAGGAGCUGUCCUUAGCAGCCUCGGAGGAAAAGGCAAAUCCUCCUCCCUCCAGUUUGGUGGUUCUUGGAGACUAUGACAGAAAGCCAGUGCAGAAGGUUCAGCCCUUCUUACCACAGUGGCUUGCUCAACCCAAACUAGUGCAAAAACGUAUCAAAGAUAAUCUAGUUCCAAUCAGAGAUGUCCCAGGAAUUCAUCCCAGGCUGUUGAAAAAGCUGCAAAUGAAUGGGAUAGAGUCGUUUUUUCCAGUUCAGGCAGAGGUGAUUCCUGCUGUUCUACAGAGUGCAUCCAAUGGGUAUUUGAUGGGGCAGGGAGGAUACCGCCCCAAAGACAUCUGCGUCUCGGCACCUACUGGCAGUGGUAAAACCCUGUCUUUUGUCAUACCCGUAGUACAGGUUCUGCUAGAUCGAGUAGUUUGCCAAGUACGAGCUCUGGUUGUUCUGCCCACCAAAGAACUGGCACAACAGGUGAGUAAAGUGUUCAACAUUUACACUGACGGGACAGGUCUGAAGGUCGUUUUGAUUACUGGCCAGAAAUCUUUUGCAAAGGAGCAGGAGAUGCUUGUCCAGAAAAAAGUGACAGGCUACUGCAGCCUGGCUGAUAUUAUUGUGGCUACACCAGGGAGGCUCACAGAUCACAUUCGCCAGACCCCGGGGUUCAGCCUGACGCAGCUCCGCUUCCUGAUCGUAGACGAAGCUGACCGUAUGAUCGAUGACAUGCACCAGAACUGUCUGAACCAAAUUGUCAAAGCUGCAUUCCAAGUAGAAAACGACUCUGGCUCCAACAUGCUUUUUCAGAGGACCAAACCAGGGCCUGUAACAGCAGCCAGCUCCUGCUAUCCUCAGAUACCCUUACAGAAACUGCUGUUUUCAGCCACGCUGACCCAGGACCCAGAGAAACUGCAGCAGCUGGACUUGUUCCAGCCUCGCCUCUUCACGUCUGUCUAUUCAGAGAAAAAAACACUCGGAGAUGGAACAGAGGCUGAACAAGAUACUAAUAAGAAAUACAUACUCCCCGAGGGGCUAUCGCAAUGUUACGUGCCUUGUGACCUGAAUUCCAAGCCUUUGCUCCUCUUGCAUUUCAUGCUGACAAUGAAAUUUACCCGCGUGUUGUGCUUUACCAACUCCAGGGAAGCUUCUCACAGAUUGUUCCUGCUGGUUCAAGCCUUUGGUGGAGUCACUGCGGCUGAAUUUUCUUCUCGGUUACCUCCAAAUGAGAGACAGAGAACCAUGAAGGAAUUUGAACAGGGAAAAAUACAACUGUUAAUCAGCACAGAUGCCACUGCACGAGGGAUUGACGUCAAAGGAGUGAAUUAUGUAAUAAACUAUGAUGCGCCUCAGUUCAUCAGGACAUACAUUCACCGAGUUGGAAGAACGGCUCGUGCAGGAAAAGCGGGCGUCGCUUUCAGCUUGGUCCUUAGAAUUCAGGAACGCAGGUUUCUGCGCAUGUUGAAGGAUGCCGGCAUCCAAGACAUAAAGAAGCACCCAGUGAAGGGCAACUCAUUAAAGCCGUUGGUGCAGCAAUAUGAGGAAGCUCUGAGUAAGCUUGAGAAGACAGUCAAGAACGAGCGAGCACAGAAACGAGCCUGAAUGAAUGGAAGCUGAGAAGGCUGUGUUUCGUGGCACUGAAGCGAAGCGGGAUAGGUCACGGACUACUACCCAGCACGGUAACAAUGAGACAUGGUCCCUGAGUGGAGCUGAAGGAUAUUGUAAGGUUGAGGAGCCAACCAAAGUCAGCUAUUACAGGCCUCGUUCCCCUUUCAAGGACACUGCAAACAGUUCAGUUACUGGUUUAAAAAGAAAAAAAAAAAAUUUGAGAUACAGUUGUCUUGAAGAGGGCUUUGCAUCAUAUCCUACUGGCCUAUGUAAAACUACCCCCAGUGAAGAGAGCCAUUAGACAGCUCUUGAGCACGGGCCUGAUGGAACUGCCGGUCUCCAAAGGUGAGGGCUGUGCCCUUCUUACCUCUGAACUGGCACAACUAAUGGUUCUGUCUUGCUGCACAAGCAGCUGUAUCUGCAAAUGCAUGAACACCUGUCCAGUGCCUAUAGCAGAAGCGUGUUUGAAGAGCUGCUCUGGGCUGAAGUGACUGCAACUU